GAAAUCCCAAUUACCGACUUUAUAUCUUCACUAAACAUAAACACGACAAUUAUCAAGUUUUUUUUAAGAAACAGUAAUAAUGCUUCAACCUCUACAACUAAUCAAAAUAAAAUACUCAAUGAGACUAGCAUUGAUGAUGCAUGGAAAAGAUGUCUUUCGGUGCUUCUUGGGGAAAAUAUUGAAAUGUCAGAUCUUCAAGAGAUCAUAAAGACUGCAGAUCAUGCAAUUUUUAUAACUCCUUUGAGUCUUGAACCUGUAAUCUUGAAUUUAAAGAAAUGUACAGAUAAUGUUCUUUUAACUCAUUGUA